AUGCGACAACGAUACCUUAAAAUACUUUUACUUUUUGUUGUUGUAUAUUUGGUCUACUCGUUGUUUUCAAAGAAUCAAGCAACCAUGUCUAAACCCGUUGUAGUUAUAGGAUCAGGAUUAGCUGGAUUAACGACCUCUACCCAACUAGUGAAGUUUAAUAUUCCAAUAGUUUUAUUGGAAAAGACAGGAAGCAUUGGUGGUAAUUCGAUCAAGGCGUCAAGCGGUAUUAAUGGUGCUGGUACCGACACUCAAGAAAAACUUAAGAUAAUUGAUAAUCCGGAGUUAUUUGCAGAUGAUACGAUCAAAUCUGCUAGAGGGAAAGGUAUUGUGACAUUGAUGGAGAAGUUGGCCAAAGAUUCAGCGAAUGCUAUUUCUUGGCUACAAACUGAGCAUCAGAUUCCGUUGGAUAAACUUGCCCAAUUGGGUGGUCAUUCGGUUUCAAGAACCCAUAGAUCUAGCGGGAAACUGCCACCCGGUUUCCAGAUUGUAGACACUUUGAAAAAAUCGUUACAAUCGUAUGGCGCAGAUCUCGUCAAGAUCCAAUUGAAUAGCAAGGUAAUUGAUGUCAAACUUGAUGAGAAUAAUAAGGUAAAUGGUGUAGUCUACGAGGAUUCAGAAGGAACACAUUCCAUUGAAACAAACAAUGUCGUGUUCUGUACAGGUGGAUUUGGUUUCAACAAGAAGUUGUUGGAAAAAUAUGCCCCACAUCUAGUCGAUUUACCAACCACAAACGGUGAUCAGACUUUGGGUGAAGGGCAGGUUUUACUAGAAAGGCUAGGUGCUAAAUUAAUUGAUAUGGACCAAAUUCAGGUUCAUCCAACAGGCUUUGUCGAUCCUAAUGACCCUGAGUCCAACUGGAAAUUCUUGGCUGCUGAAGCUUUAAGAGGUUUGGGUGGUAUCUUAUUGAACCCUGACACAGGUUUGAGGUUUACCAAUGAACUAAACACUCGUGACACUGUUACUGCAGCUAUUCAAUCCAAAUGCAAAUCACAAACUGCCUGGAUGGUCAUGAGUGAGGAUCUAUAUGGAAAUUAUAAGCCAAAUCUUGACUUCUACAUGUUCAAGAAAUUAGUAACAAAAACAACUGUUGCAGAUUUUGCCAAAGAUUUGCCAAUUGAUGCCAAUACCUUGAUCUCUGAAUUGGUCACUUAUUCGGACAUUUCAAAGGAAGACCAAUUUGGUCGUACUCAUAGGGAAAAUCAAUUUGCAUCCACUCUUUCGGAGGAUUCUACCAUUUUCGUGGGCAAAAUCACUCCAGUAGUUCAUUUCACCAUGGGUGGUGCAAAGAUUGACGAACAGUCUCGUGUGCUAAAUGCUGAAGGUAAUCCGAUUGCUACUGGAAUUUACGCCGCCGGUGAAGUUUCCGGUGGCGUUCACGGUGCCAACAGAUUAGGUGGUUCCUCCUUGUUAGAAUGUGUCGUAUUUGGCAGACAGGCUGCUAGAUCAAUUAAGGCUAGUUUGUGA